GCACAGAUGAGGGUCUCUCGUCUUUCAGCGUUUUUCUUUCGAUUUUGAUGUCAAGGCGUUGGUGUUGAAAUGGCGUCAGAUUCAGAUCCAGAGAGUGUGAAGCUGAAUCUGGUUGUGUGUGGGAGUAACAGAGAAUUAAAAUCCUUCAUAUCAAACCUGAUCCUGAAUCAGAGCGAGAGAAGAUCAGAGCUCAGCUCAGAGUGUGUGAGGAGAGACGUGGAGCUUCAUGGACGUCUGAUCAGUCUGGUGGAGCUUCCAGCUCUGUUCAACACUCAGCUCUCAGAGGAGGAAGUGAUGCGUCAGACUCACCGCUGUGUGUCUCUCUGUCAUCCUGGAGUUCAUGUUUUCAUCAUCAUCAUUCCUGAUGCUCCAAUUAAUAUUGAAGACAAAGCAGAAAUGGAGGAGAUCCAGAGGAUAUUCAGCUCAAGAAUCAACAAACACAUCAUGAUCCUCAUAAAGCAGAAUUCAGAGCAUCAGACAGAAAAACUGAAUGAAGAAACACAGUCUGUCAUUGAGAGUUUUGGAGGACGACAUCAUUUCAUUGACCUGAACACACAAGUGUGUGUGUUGAUGGAGAAACUGGAGCAGAUGGUUGAGGAAAAUAGUGGUGUUUGUUUCUCCACAGAGACAUUGUUUGACGCACAGAUGGAGAAAAUGCUGAAAUCUGAUGAGAUGAAGGGGAGAAUCCAUUCAUUAGAGACAUGGUUUCAGACACAAGAUUCAAGAGACAGAGAAGAUGAACUGAGGAUUGUGCUGCUGGGAAAAACUGGAGUUGGAAAGAGUUCAACUGGAAACACUAUUUUGGGAAGAGAAGCACUGAUAUCAGACAUAUCUCAAACGUCUGUUACUAAAGUUUGUCAGAAAGAAACAGCUGAAAUCAAUGGCCGACACAUAACUGUGAUCGACACUCCAGGCCUGUUUGAUACUGAACUCAGUAAUGAAGAAAUACAGAGAGAAAUCAAAAACUGCAUCUCCAUGAUCCUGCCUGGACCUCAUGUGUUCAUCAUUGUGAUCAAUUUAGGGCAACGAUUCACUCAAGAGGAGAAAACAUCAGUGAAGAUCAUUCAAGAGAUGUUUGGUGAAAACUCUUUAAAAUACACCAUGGUUCUCUUUACCAGAGGAGAUGAUCUGAAAAAUAAAACCAUUGAACAGUUUCUGGGAAAACCUGAAUCUGCUUUGAAUCAGCUGAUUGAAUCGUGUGGAAACAGAUUCCAUGUGUUCAAUAAUAAACAGACUGGAGACCAAACACAGGUGACUGAUCUACUGCAGAAGAUAGACAACAUGGUGAAAGCAAAUGGAGGGAGUUACUACUCAUGUAAGAUGUUCAGAGAGAUGGAAAGACAAAUACAAGAACAACAAAAGAAGAUACUGAUGGAGAAAGUGAAGCAGUUGAACAGAGAAAAAGAAGAACUGAUAAACAAACAUAAAAAAGAGAAAAUGAAGUUAAAGAUGAUGAUGGAAGACCAACGACAGAGUCAUGACAAAGAGAGAAAGAGAAGAGAUGAAGAGUUUAGAGAGAGAGAAGAACAAUAUAAAAGAGACAUUAAAGACAGAGAGGAACAAGAGAGAAAUAUACGAGAGGAGCUGAAAAGAGAACGAGAGGAAUGGGAGAAACAGAAACAACAGGAAAGACAAAGAAGAGAAGAAGAGGAGGAGAAAUUCAGAAAGAAAGAACAGUCAAUGUGGGAUGAAUAUUAUGUGAAACUUCAAGAAGAGAGAGAAAAAGUCAGAGAGAGAAAGAAGAUCUUCAGUUCAAACAUGAAGAAGAGAAAAAGAGGAUGAACAUGAUGAUGGAGGAAGAAAGACAGACAUGGGACAGAAAGAGAAGGAGAAGAGAAAAAGAAUUUAAAGAAAGAGAAGAAGAAUUUAUAGAAAGAGAAGAAAACUUAAAAGAGCAAAAAAGAAACAACAACAGAAGAUGAAGAGAGAACAAGAGGAAUGGGAGAGUCAGAUAAAAACAGCAAAACAAAGAAGAGAUGAAGAGGAGGAGAGAAGUAGAAAUAAAGAACGGGAAAUGUGGGAUAAUUAUUAUGGGAACCUUGCACGAGAGAGAGAAACAAGUCUGAGAGAGAGAGAAGAAUUUAGAAAAAGAGAAGAACAAUAUAAAAGAGCCAUUGAAGACAUGGAGAAAAAAGAGAGAAACAAACGAGUGGAGAUGAAGAAAGAAUGUGAGGAAUGGGAGAAACAGAAACAUCAGGAAAAACAAAGAGAAGAAGAAACACCCAACUCUAAUCAACUUGAUACCGGAGCUCUUGAGAGCAUACAGCAUACAAACAAAUCAAAAUAAAACCAUGCAAUUUUAAAAUUUAUUUGCCAAAAAUGUUGUAUUUGGGUGUGAACAAAGGUUUUUUUGAAUAAUACUUUGCUUUUCAACAGUUUAUGUGGUUGAAGCAUUGAGUUAAUAUUUCAUCGGUUUGGAAUCAUCAGUCACAUUAGCAGCUUUUAGGAGUCUAGAUCAGGACUGAUGAAGGAGGAGUCUCUGUCAGAGAGUAUUCAUAGAAAUAUUGUAGAGCAUGAUAUUGUCAUAUUCAAAUAAAGGUUUAAAAAAAAAAUGCUGCUACAUUGCUACAUAUUGAGUGUCACUAUAAACAAGUACAUGUUUAGUGAAUUGUCAGCCUCUUACAUGUGU